CCGGCAUUUCACCCCCAAGUUCUUGACGGAGAGAAUAUAAACACGCACGGGCCCAGGAAAUCGCCCACCGCCCGCAGCCACAUCUCGCCAGCUGAUUGCUGCAAGUUUCUUCCUUUUAGCGCGACGACCUUGUCGCUCUCCUCCUGCUUCCAUCAUGACUCGCGGUAACCAGAGAGAUCGCGAUCGAGAGAGAGCUCAGGCACGAGGUGGCAAGAAGGGUACCAAAGACGACGGAUUGACUCCUGAGCAGCGCCGCGAAAGGGAUGCGAAGGCUUUGCAAGAGAAGGCUGCAAAGAAGGCGGCCCAGGGGGCAUCCAGCGGGGAUGCCGGAGGUAAAAGCGGCAACAAAAAAUAAGAGAUGUCGGUCCAUUUGGGUUGCUUUCUCCUUUUCCUCUUGAGGGUGUCUUUUGUUCAUUAUUCUGGUUAAAUAUAGUUUCCAUAUGAAGAACUCGAUGUGAGCUUGAUUGGGAUUGUUGGUUAUGUUUUCAAUUGUACAAUGUUGAGAAGUUUCGUGGUUAUUAAGAAUCUAAUCCAUCAUUGUCAUGUAUU